CGCCUUUCCCCCACUGCGCAUGUCAGGAUUCGUUCUGUGUUUACUAAGCUGAAGUUGGUUCCUUGUUCGUCGUUUCCCAACGCUUUAAUCACUUUGACAUAAGAAAGCGCCGGCAGCAGAAUGGCAGCGGCGGCCCCGAACCCGGAGGACACCGCCAGGAGCAGCAGUAGCAGCGGCACCAGCACACCCAGCGCCCUCGCCGGAGACGGGGACGCCGAGGAGUCCGAGGACUUCACGUCCGCCUCCCACUGCUCGGAGCUGUCUCGGCGGCAGAACGAGCAGAGGAAGCAGGGCUUGUUCUGCGACGUGACGCUGGCCUUCAGCAGCGGGGCGGCUAGCGGGAGCGUGCAGAGCUGCGAGUAUUCAGCCCACAGGUCCGUCCUGGCUGCGGCCACCGAUUAUUUCACCCCGCUUCUCGGAGGACAGUUCUCCGAGUCCUUGUCCGGACGGGUUGAGAUGAAGGAAUGGAGCUCAGAACUGGGUCCGGACCCAGAUACGGUUCAGAGUGUCAUCCAGUAUAUGUACACUGGAGAAAUACGCGUUAGCACCUGCAAUGUGCAUGAAGUACUGGAGCUAGCUGACAGGUUCCUCCUGCUGCAGCUGAAGGAUUUCUGCGGCGAGUUCCUGAAGAAGAAGCUGAGCUUGACCAACUGUGUGGCGGUGCACAGUCUAGCCCACAUGUACACCUUGGACCAGCUGGCUCUACGGGCUGCAGACAUGAUCCGUCGCAACUUCCACAAGGUCAUCCAGGACGACGAGUUCUACACGCUGCCCUUUCACCUGGUCCGUGACUGGCUGUCGGAUGCAGAGAUCACAGUGGACUCUGAGGAGGUGCUAUUUGAAGCUGUGGUCAAGUGGGUGCAGAAGAACCCAGAGGAGCGAAGCCGCUACUUUGAGGAGCUGUUCCGUCUCCUGAGGCUGCCACAGAUCAAGCCCACCUACCUGACCAGGGUGGUGAAGACUGAGCAGCUGGUGGCCUUAAAUGAAGCCUGCCUCCGGCUGGUGUCGGAGGCGGUGGAGGGCCACGCUAUACGCUUCGAGAACCUCAAGUCAACUGACAUGGAGUUCUGGUCUUCCCACAUGGCUUCCUUUCAGCCUCGCUUCGGCCAGAACAUGGACGUUAUCAUGGUGGUAGGAGGCGUGUCAGAGGGGGGGGACUACCUGAGUGAGUGUGUGGGCUACUUCAUUUACGAGGACCGUUGGGUCAACCUGCCGCACAUUCACAACCACCUGGAUGGCCACGCUAUCGCUGCCACAGAGUCCCACGUCUACGUAGCCGGAUCUAUGGAACCAGGCUUUGCUAAGACGGUGGAACGUUACAAUCCUAAUCGCAACACCUGGGAGCAGGUGAGCAACCUGACCACACGCAAACACUCCUUUGGCCUCACCUGUAUAAAGGAUAUACUGUACAGCAUCGGUGGCCAUGGAAACUUCAGUCCGGGUUUCAAAGACGUCAGUAUAUACGAGCCUGAGCAGGACAAGUGGCACAAUCUGGAAUCUGCCCCCAAAAUCCUGCGGGACGUGAAGGCAGUGAGCGUGGAGGACCGCUAUGUGUACGUCAUGGCACGCACACCUGUCGAUACAGAUAAUGAGGAUGGACUGAAGACGGUGACCACGCGCUAUGACACAGAGAGCCGCCAGUGGCAAGACGUUGAAUCCUUGCCGCUUAUUGACAACUAUUGCAUCUUCCAGAUGGCUGUGGCUUCCACUAACUUCUACCACACGGCCUCCUGCUGCCCCAAGAGCUACACAGUGCGGGAUGAGGUUGCCAAGCAAAAGAUCAGUGUGCGGAUCUCUGAUGAGAUCCUGGAGAGCCUGCCACCAGAGGUGACCAGCAUCGAGGGAGCUGCCAUCUGCCACUUCGACGAGGACGUCUUCAUCAUCGGAGGCUGGAAGAACAGUGAUGAUGUGGACAAGCAGUACCGCAAGGAGGCUUACCGCUACUGUGCUGAGAGGAAACGCUGGAUGCUGCUGCCGCCCAUGCCUCAGCCUCGCUGCCGAGCCACCGCCUGCCAUGUCCGCAUCCCCUACCGCUUCCUGUACGGCUGCCAGCGCUACCCCAUGCCCCAGAACCUGGCCCGCCAGCGAGAUCGCAUGCAGCAGAUGCAGCAGCUUCACCGACGCACGCUCACCUUACGCCGGCAGCUCCAGUCGCAGAUAGAGUGCUGAGCAACUCGGCGUCUGCUUAAAUCCAAGAACUACUUUGUCCGAGAAUACACUGCGAACAUCAUUUCAAUUGUAGCCAUCUUCAUCGACCCAUACUCGUACAAAACGUCCUGCAGCGGGUCUUGUGUUGCGAUCAUACUGGAUUACAUUAAACUGAACUCUGUGCCAUCGGCUCCCCUGCUGUGUUGUGUUACUGGCUGAUGUGUGGAAAGCCACGAGAUGUUUGGACAGGUGUCUGUGAAGAAGGAUACGAGGAAUGUAAACAUGUGAAUAAGAGUGUUAUAUACUAAAGCAGCCAACAACUGAAUAUCCUUUUGUCAAUCAUGUUGGUAUAGAUGCUGUUUAUCUGUUUGUACAUAAAUAGGAUAAAGCUGUAUAUGUAAACAUUUAUAUGGAUAUUUUACAUUCCUUUUAUUGUAUGCCUGUACUAGGGAGGCGUUGUGACAUUACCAAUAACUGCAUUCCUACAUUCAAUCCAACUCGCUUAAUGAAGUCUCAUUCCAUUUUAACACUGUGACAAUCUCCUCAUGCAAGUAGAACAUCGGUCCAAAUGUCUUAACUUGUGUAUCAGAAUUAGUAUUGCUCCGCUUGUUACUGUGCAGCCUCCACAACUAAAUGUGAAUUCAUUCAGAGAGGCUGUUAAGAUCCCGUAGACUAGUUUACUUUAGAUCCCUUCAACAGUUGUUCUGAGCAUAUUUAAUCAUUUAAUUUUUGUUGCUCCAUUCCUAACAUUUAAAAACUAGUGGUUUUGCUCCAGGUGUCUGACGAGGGGAACUCACGAGAGAACUGUGAUGUUGAGAAGAUGUACUAAAAUGAUUCCUUUGAAUUAUCUUAACAUUUAAACAUUAUAUUCGGCCACUGCAUUAAGCGUCAAUCGCUGGCAAUGGCUCAAUCAUUCCUUUCUUUUGCACUUUGGCCGUCUGUUGCUCAGUGUAUUCCCAUUCACUAAAGAACAAUACAUUGAAAAUGUAUAUAUGUGCAAGUGCGGGAGUAUGAUUUGUGUUUGCAGAGCUUCUCUACAACUGCACUUUUGACAUCUAACUGUUUUAAGUCUUACAGAAGUAUAGGGAUUUAAUUUGUCACUGCACUUUGACUUUACUUAUUUAAUUUGUUUAAUAUCAGACAAGGUGAUUGUAUUUUGGAAAUGCUUUGUUUUAGCCGGCAAAGACAGUCAGUUUUGAUCUUCUUUGAAAAAAACAUGUUAUUGUUAUUUUUUGCCAACAUUAAAUGUCUUGUUGAACCUUUAUUGUUAUUGUACUUCCCCCUCAGCUGGGUGUAUAUUAGAGAUCUGCUGUUUGUUCUGUGGUCUCCUCUCACCCUGCGGAGACAUUUAGACAUGAGAUGAAAAGGAAUCAGACUUAUAGGCAAAACAAACAGGAUUGUUAUAUAAAUGUGUUGUGACUGACAUUCAGAAAUUCCCGCUGUCCUCGCAGCGCCUAUUACAGCAUAAAGGUUACAGAGUGCAGAAAUGAUAUUCAUUUCCACUUUGUGACCAACAUAAAUGGCACUGCAAAUAUUAAGUGGAAUAUGCUAUGUCAUUUUCUUUGCAUGUGAUGGUCUGACCUUGUGUGCUUAUGUUGGAUGUAAGAAAUGCUAAUGUCAUCCCUUGCAAUUAAAAUUGUUUUGUAAGACAAAC